AUGGUACACAUCAUAUGCAAAACUGGUGUGAGUAAUUUUCCGUCAUCGGUCUGUAUGCGUGUUGAAAAAGUGCCUCCUUCUUUUGCGCGCCAGUCAGUGUGGCUUCAGUCGUGCGUUAGCACCCCGGCCGUUUCAGCACUUUGUUGGAGGGACAGCUCCCGCGCCUCAGACCUGCUUUGGCAGAUGGUCAACAUCUUCCGUGCCAUUUCAGCAAAUGCAAUGAGGAGCGUCCCCAACAUAUUUAUUUCGAGUUUGGCAGCUGGGGAUCUUUUGCUUUUGGUCACUUGUGUUCCAGUGGACGCAUUCAGAUACUUCUUUGAGGAGUGGAUCUUCGGUGUUGUGGCUUGUAAACUAAUUCCGGUCAUUCAACUGACCUCAGUCGGAGUCUCAGUGUUCACUCUCACGGCUCUCAGCGCUGACAGGUACAAAGCCAUAGUGAAUCCUAUGGACAUCCAGACAUCCAGUGCUGUGUUCUGGACGUGUCUGAAAGCCGUGUCCAUCUGGGUGAUCUCCGUCCUGCUGGCGGUGCCCGAGGCCAUCUUCUCCCAGGUAGUACACAUCCAGGACAAGAACGUGACCUUCACCGCCUGCGUGCCCUAUCCCCUCUCCAACGAGAUGCAUCCCAAGAUCCACUCUGUCCUCAUAUUCCUUGUGUACUUCCUGAUUCCCCUGUGGAUCAUCUCUGUGUACUACUACCACAUCGCCAGGACGCUGGUCAAGAGUGCUCACGACAUGCCUGGAGAGAUCAGUGAGCACACUAAGAGACAGAUGGAGACGAGAAAACGGCUUGCCAAAAUUGUUCUGGUUUUCGUGGGCCUCUUCGCUCUCUGUUGGUUCCCCAACCACGUCUUGUACAUGUACCGCUCCUUCAACUACCGUCAGAUCGACUCCUCCCUGACCCACCUCAUCAUCACCCUGCUGGCCCGGGUGUUAAGUUUCUCCAGCUCCUGUGUCAACCCGUUUGCCCUCUACCUGCUGAGCGAGAGCUUCCGCAGGCACUUCAACAGCUCCCUGCACUGCAAGAAGAAGCCCCACCACGAGCGCAACACCAGCUACCUGCAGAGCACCUCAGCCAUAAGAAUGACCUCCAUCAAGAAGACCACCCCUACAGUCAUCAACGGACAUGGCAACAGGCAGGAGGUCUCUCUGUAGGGUUUAGGAGGGGUAGGAGUGGCACCAAAAAAGAUCAUGUGCAAAACUUUACAAGGUGGACUAUUCUGAAAAGGACAUGCAUGUGUGCUCAACAGAAAAUGCUUGGCUUGAAGCUGCCUUAUCUAUACAUUUCCCACAAUGCUACAUAUUGGUGCAGAUGAGAUGGUCACAUAUGAACUGAAAGUAUUGAACUGAACAUGUUUGUCAACAAAUCUGUCGUAAACACUGGUAUCCA